CGGAAAAGAGUUGCCGCGUUUCCGCUAGCGAGCAGCAGUAGCGGCGCAACUUUUGGCAACAAAAUCUUAAUUCUGCCAUUGUUUUGUUAGACUGUUAACAUAUAAAUUUAGUUUAGAGACAAAAUGUUAUCUUUAGACUUCCUCGAUGAUGUCCGGCGAAUGAAUAAGCGCCAGCUUUAUUAUCAGGUGCUGAAUUUUGGAAUGAUUGUAUCUUCAGCCUUGAUGAUUUGGAAAGGCUUGAUGGUUGUAACUGGAAGUGAGAGCCCAAUCGUGGUUGUUCUCAGUGGAAGCAUGGAACCUGCAUUUCACAGAGGAGACCUCCUCUUCCUCACAAAUCGUGUUGAAGACCCAAUCAGAGUGGGAGAAAUCGUUGUGUUCAGGAUUGAGGGAAGAGAAAUUCCCAUUGUACACAGAGUCCUAAAAAUUCAUGAGAAAGAAAAUGGUGACAUCAAGUUCUUAACGAAAGGUGACAAUAAUGCUGUGGAUGACAGGGGCCUUUACAAGCAGGGCCAGCACUGGCUGGAGAAGAAAGAUGUGGUCGGCAGAGCAAGAGGGUUUGUGCCUUACAUCGGAAUUGUCACAAUUUUGAUGAAUGACUACCCCAAAUUUAAGUAUGCUGUACUGUGCUUGCUUGGACUGUUUGUGUUGGUUCAUAGAGAGUGAAAACAGAGUCAGUCAAACCAUGGAACACAUCCUUCUGGUGACCAGUUUCUAUUGUGUUUUUUGUCAAAAAUCCUGUACUUGCUCUUAGAGACAAAGGUCAAGUUAGCUUUUUCUAUGUUCAAUAACAGCGCAAACUUGAGGUACACAAAAAAUUACUGGAAGCAUUUGGAAUUGUUAUGUUUUUCAUGUCAUACCAAAUUCAAAUUUUGUUUGAUCUGACUUUACUCAUUGAUGUACUUGCACCAUAUGGUGAGAACUGUAUAACUUCUUUCUUCAAGGUAAAAUUUUGUAUGGAAUAAAAAUGUUCGGCCAGA